AUGACGACCAAGACUGAUGAUUCUAUUCCACCACCUACAGCUCAUGCACCUCAGUACUAUGCAGAUUUUGGUACACUAACUGCAUCUAACAUCAAUGAACAACUACCACCGCCACCUGCCUAUACGGCUCUUUCAAUGCCUUCAACAGAAAAUACUACCGAAAACAUGAAACCUUUUACCAAUCCAUCAACUGUCGUCAAUGAACUUGUUAAUCAACGGUUUUCACCAACCACUCAACGACGACUUAAUUCUCAACAAAUUCUUCGCAUAACUCAAUACAUAGACAAUCAGGAGAAAAUGAUGAAUGACAAACUAGUUGCAGCCUUGUGCCUCUCAAUUGUUGGUAUUGCAGCGGGAAUUACUUGUAUUAUUUUGUUUGCCGUUUUUCAUAAAGAUUCAUGUGGCUAUUAUCAAAGAACUUCUUCCUGUGUUCGUACAUAUUCAGCAUUGAUCAUUGGAUGCAUCUCUAUUGUUUUUGGCAUUCUUCGAAUUACAAUUUAUGGUAUGGCGAAAAGAAAAAUAAGUCAUGCAAAGAAACUAUGGCAAGAAAAAGUUGCUCAAUUACAACAAACAUCAUUGAAUGGUUAUUGA